UGGGACGCUCCCCUCCCCUCCCUUCCCCUGCCGCAGUCAGUCCUAUUUGCUGCCCUUUCCAACUGCCUCUGCACCAGUGCACCUUUGCCUCUUACCCCAUGUCUCCUGGGAAUUGGAGAUUAUGAAAAAAUUUAUAUAUAUGUAUAUAUAUACAUAUGCUCCAAAGGCAGCUAUAAUCUCUAACACUUUUGAAUAAGGAUGCCAUCAACCUGCAAAUAGAGGCCUUUCUGUGCUUUUGUGUUGCUUCACGGGAAAUUUGCACAGCUGUUACAACGCUGAGGACAGUGACUUGUCUGGGGGGCCUGCUGGCAGUAGCGCUGCUUCUCCUAGGGGCAGAGCUGUAGAUAAAACACAGCAGCCAAUUGGAUAGAAAACCUGCAGAAGGUUUGUAUUUUAUGUGCCUACUGGGUGAGCGUGAGAAGAGAAAGCCCAGGCUGUCUUGUUCCCAGAGUAAAAUAUAAGACCCGCCUCCCUUUGAGGAGCCUAUGCGGGUUAAUGAGGUAGUGAGCAUCGGUGAGAACAUCCAGGUGCAAGGGAUAGAGGACCCAGGAUGAAAACCGAGAACCAACAUUUCCUUCAUUUAUUUACCAAAUAUUUAAGAGCCUGCUAUGUGUCAGGCUCAGUUCCAGGCACUGGGGAUACAAUGAGCAACACAGCGUUCCCGUCCUCCUGGGCCUGACGUUCUGGUGGGGAAUCAGACUAUAAACCAAAGUAAAUAAGUCGGGCGCUCGAGAGAAGCAGGAGGAGGGCGUGCCUGGGCGAAGUGGCUGCCAUAUUAGGAUAAUUAGGCAGGAGUAUUUGGUGCAUGUGGAAUGUUAAAUAUUGUAAGUUGACAAGACUUGUCGGUACUAGUUCGUUUGCACCUCCAGAAGUUUCUAAUUUCAAAUAGGACCAAUACCUUUCGAUAUACCUUGUCACAGGGAACAGUGGGAAAGAGCCUCAAAUAGUGGGUCCCCUCGCAUUCGGACAUUUACGGUACCCAUAACGCGUGGCCGCCUCGGGACCCGCCUGGGGCGUGGGCCCCGCCCCCCGGAUCUUUGCGCACGCGCGUACACGGAUCAGAGCGAGGCAGGGACUGGUCUUGGCCGGAGCCGGCGUCAGGCAGGGGUGGCGCGAUGAGCGGUUGGAUGGCGGGGGACCGAGCGCAGCGGGCUGCGGCCCUCGGCCUAGCGCUGCGGGUACUGCUCAGCUUCGGGCUGGGCCUGGAGGCCGCCCCGACCUCGAUCCCGGCAUGGUCCUUGACCCAGGCCCCAGGCCCCAGCGCAGCCUCGUGCCCGCCCACCAACUUCCAGUGCAGGAGUGAUGGCCUAUGCGUGCCCCUCACCUGGCGCUGCGACGUUGACAAGGACUGCCUUGAUGGCAGUGACGAGGAGGAGUGCAGUACUGAGCCGUGUGCCCAGGAUGGGCAGUGCAAGCCACCCACUGGCAGCCCCUGCUCUUGUGACAGCAUCGAUGACUGCCCUGAUGGCAUCAACAAGAAUGUUCUCAACUGCGGGCACCAGCCCUGCCCGGAGGGAGAGCUGCGCUGCCCGCUGGGCGGUUCCUGUAUCCCACGCACGUGGCUCUGCGAUGGCCACCCGGACUGUUCCGACUCCAGCGAUGAGCUUGGCUGUGGAACCAAGACCCUCCAAGAAGGGAGUGCCACGUCCAUGGGGACCCCUGUGACCCUGGAGAGUGUCACUUAUCUCAGGAAUGCCACAGUCACCUCUGUCGGGGACCGGGACUCAGUUCAGUCUGGAAACCGAAGUGCCUAUGGGAUCAUUGCAGCUGCUGUGGUGCUAAGUGUAGGUCUGGCCGCCGCCAUCCUCUUCACGUGGUCACGGCUCUGUGCCCAGGGACGCCUGUCCCCGCUGGGGCUGCUGGUGUCUGUGAAGGGGUCUCUGCAGUCAGAGAGGACGGCCUCAGUUCUCUGAGGAUGAUUUCUUGCUGCCACGUCACACGGUCCCGAGUAUGGCAGGUAUGGGGACCCGCGCGUGGCUGUUGGCACACCAGCCCCCAGACCUGGGUUCUUCUGGCCACGUGGCGCCAAGUACCUGAGCUCCUGCAGAUGUGAUCGUGGAGGCUGGGAGUGUCCAGACCCUCCCCUGGACUCGAGGAGCCUGGAUGGGGAACGUGCCACAGCCAGAACCGUGGGGCUGGCCCUAGGUCGUUCCCGGGGUGGCCCCCCUGCUCAGAUAUCCGGGGAACGUGCCACAGCCAGAACCGAGGGGCUGGCCCUAGGUCAUUCCCGGGCUGGCCCCCCUGCUCAGAUACUACUGUUGCCCCCUCCUGAGGGUGGUGAUUAAAGUUGCUUCACGUCUUC